AUGAGCCAGUCUCUCCAGCUGAAAGGUCGCUAUAUUUUCCUCUCUAUAAAGAAACAUCUCAAUACUGUUGAAAAUAUGAGGAUCUUGGUGUUUCUGGUCCUUGUGGGAAUAGGCACACAUGGCACGGCGGGAGUGACUCGCUCUCUGAAGAAUCUCUUCACUGCGUCCUCUGGAGUCACAAACUUCCCAGAGUUUGUGGUUGUAAGGUUGGUGGAUGAAGUUCAGAUCUAUCACUACGACAGUAACACCAAGGGAACAGAACCCACGCAGGACUGGAUGAGCAGACUCAUAGAAGAUGACCCUCAGUACAUAGAGAGGAAAACGGCAUUAUUUGUGGUUUUGCAGCAGACCUUCAAAGAGGCCCUUGACAUUAUACACAGCUUCAACCAAACUGGAGGUGUUCACGUUGUCCAGUUGAUGAACGGUUGUGAAUGGGAUGAUGAGACUGAUGAGGAUAAAAGUUUUGGUCAGUUCGGUUAUAACGGAGAAGAGUUCAUAUCACUUGACCUGGAGAGAGGCACAUGGAACGCUCUAAAACCAGUGGCUGUCAACAUCAAACACAUGUUGGAGCAAAAAAAACCUCUGAUACCACUGUACAAGUACUACCUCACCCAGGAGUGUACUGAGUGGCUGAAGAAGUAUGUGAACUAUGGGAGGAGCUCUCUGCUGAGAACAGACCUCCCCUCAGUGUCUCUCCUGCAGAAGUCUCCCUCCUCUCCAGUCGGAUGCCACGCUACAGCUUUCUACCCGGACAGAGCCGUGAUGUUCUGGAGGAAAGAUGGAGAGGAGCUUCAUGAAAACGUGGAACAUGGAGAGAUGCUCCCCAACCACGACGGAUCCUUCCAGAUGAGCGUAGACCUGAACAUUUCUUCAUUCCCAGCCGAAGACUGGAAGAAGUACCAAUGUGUGUUUCAUCACUCUGGUGGGGAGCACAUCGUCACAGUACUGGACCCAGCAGAGAUCAGGACCAACAACGAUACAACUGGAAUCACAAGUGCUGAAGGAGAUCUCAGCUACAUUUACAUUAUUGCUGCUGUGGCUGCUCUCGCCCUCAUCGCUGUGAUUGGAUUUGUGGCUUACAAAAGAAAAAGGCCAAACACAUUCCAUCUCCUGACCGCGGCUCUGAGCUCUCUGAGAAACUGAAUCCAGAUCCAAGAUAAACCCACCCUGCACACAGCGAGGUGCUUCAUCAACUAUAAAAUCCUGUUGUUAAACAAAUCUGUCCUAAGAUACAGAACCUCCUCUGAUUCUGUAUCUGCGGUAAAACCUUUGACACUUUGCUGCUAGGGUUAAAAAAAGCAUAGUAGUUCCAAAAGUGUUUUAUAAAACACUUAAUUCUGGAUAUUUUGAAUCAUUGUUAAUAUGUUGCUUUGUGGAAAGUAAAAUCUUCUUUACACAUUAUGGGAAGUUAGAAAUGGGAAGAGGUUUUUUUUAUAUCACAGUAGUGAAUUAUUCUGAGUUGUAUGUCAUGAGUUGGACACAUAUUUUCAUCUGGUUGUUACAGCUCUAAAAUCAUCCCUAUAGAAACACAAUCCCGGCAAUAUGAGCAUCAGUAAAACAGGACGUUUUCCAGUUGUGAAAAUAGUUUGUGUACUUGGGUGGUUGACGUGAACUCAAAUCCAAAGUGAAAAAAAUAAUAAUUCAAAAAUAUAUGUCCAAUGACAUAUAAUUAUAUUCCCUUAUAUGUGAAUAAUUCAAAACUGAAUGUGUCCAUUUCUAAUUCUUCAUAUAUUUUGCAUAUUAUUCACUUUUUGGUGUGGUAGUCCUAAAAUGUGUCCACCGGUGCAACGACAUAAAGAAUGCCAUUAUUUAAUUCAGAGAAUGUUGGACAGGUAAGAUAGAUAAGCACAAGGCAUAUUAGUUUGUCCCAAUUAUAUUUCCACAUCAAACAUACCCCCAACAAAUUCAGAAUUAUGUUAUUUAUAUACUAUAAGAUGUACACAUAGAGACUUAACCCAAAUGUCUGGGUUACAUUCAUUAUAAUUUGUAUAAAACUCAAGGAAUCUUCAUUUCAUCCUUAAAGCUGCAUAGUGAUGAUAUCAUUGUUAUACUAUCCAACACUUUUUACAUACAUUUUUCAUUAAAAUACCUUUUCCCCUCACAAUUCAAUUUGUCGCACCACAGGACAUUUUGUUGCACCGUUGGACAACAGAAUACUAGUAUGCCUAUGUUGUGUACAGUCAAAUUUAUUAUUUUAAAUUCAGUCAAAACACAGGUAAAAUAUAUAUUUUUAAUUGAAACGUUUAUCCAUAUUCCGUCUUUGCACGAGGCGUUGAUUCUUUCGCCUAAAUGUAUUUACUCUUCUUCUUUCAGCCUCAAGUUCCUUCAUUAAUUUCUCAUUUUGUUUUUGUAGUUUCCGUAGUUCUUUGGUCAUUUUAGUUUUUCUUCUUUUUUUGGGUGGAGUUUGGUUUCGGGGGGACUUCUCUGGUGUGCUACACAAAACGUGUACUGGUACUGGGACAGCAUUGAUCACUUCAUGCAGAACCGGCCUUGCCACUGAGGCUCCAUUGAUAACUGGCCUUGCCACUGGGGGGUCAUUGAUCUCUUCAAAUGGCUGGUCAUGAUCCUGAGGUGAUUGUGGCGUAAGAUCAAGGACAGCAUUAGUGGCUUUUUCCCUUGCCCUACAUCUCCGCUUUGACUCUCUCCAUUUCUCUUGUAGCUUCUUCUGUGUUGCUGGCAACACAGACUUCACGCUUUGCUGAACGAUUUUCCCGCAUGCUUUCUUCUGCUGAUAUCUGUGGGAAAAUUAUGAAACCAACCAUGAAUAUUGUGAUAUGAUGGUGCAUUAAUAAUGUCAUGAAAUGUUUUAAUUCUUAGGCUAAAAUAACUUGUGGUAACUGGUCAAAUUUACUUUCUGCGUCUCUCUCUCAGCAAGUUCUCUUUCCUCUCAGAAUCCGCAUUCAGCCUCUCCCUAAACUUCCUGGACCUUUCCUUGGUGGUCAUUUCAGCCUCUCUCUUUGGAAAUCAAACUAGCUUUAACAAAACAGGGAAGGAAGGUUUGAGUUGUGUUGUCCUCAAAUUCUGAGGUUAAGAGAAAAUGCAAAAAGCUACUUAAAUUAGUCAUCAAAAGUAAGGAGAGGAGUAAGGAGCCAGAGAGGCAGGUUAGAAAGAAGGGAAGAUGGAACAAGGGGGGGCUUGAUAGAGAGGGAGUUUGGUGGGGAGAAGGGGGGGUUGGGGAACUUGAAGAUGGAGGUAGGGGGUGAGAAAGAAGGAGAAGAUUUGACGGGCCAUCCAAAAUGCAGCCGUCCAUUAACCUCCAUUCAUUUUUAAGACUCAGAUUAUAUCUCUUUUGCAUAUUUAAACUAAUUAUUCAAUAAAACUUGUAAUACAAAAAAUGUUGGUUUACAUGUUUGCUUUCACUAUGUUAAGUUUCAUUAUGAUAUGAGUAAAGGAAAAAAUAAGUGAAACUGACUUCAUGUUGUACUAUAGGACAGUGCGUUGCACCAGUGGACAUUUUCAAAGUCAAUGCUAGUUUGUGGCCUAGCUAUAUGAGAGACAAUCUUCAUCCUGAGUAACAGUGUUAAGGUUUACAUUAUUUUCAAUGAUCAAUCAAUAUAAAUUGCAAAAAAUAUUCAGAUCAAUACUUAAAUUGCGUUGUACUAAAGGACUACCUUAAGACGACCAGUUCCAACACUGCACGGAAAUAGUAAUAUUAUGAAAAUAUUUGAGACAAAACUGACCUUGUGUACAGUCAGAGAACUUUUAAUAUUGACGAGAACGUUCACUCUCAAAACCGUUCCGGUAUGGUACUGCACCUGGGGGGCGCUGGUGGGCCAGUGCAGAAUGAAUGUGGUCCUAUGGAGCCCCACCCAUAGAUUCCUACAUUUCUUUGGAUAUAAUUUUUUUUUAAAUCACUGCUAUAGUUUUUUAAACAUGGAAUGGAUAAUCCUCACAAACGACACAUAGCUAGUAUUUUAUAUUCGCUUGAUUUUGACUAAAAUUAGGUUUUUGUAAAUCGGAUGACGUCAUGCGUGAUAAAUUGCUUUACGGCACCUUGUGUCUCUCCUUCCCUUUCCUUUCCCUCGCAGCAACAGCUGCAUACGAUCGCAGCUGAUUUGGCUCCGUGGGACCAGAGAACUUUUAAUAUUGACUGAUUAUAUAUUAUUAUUAUUGAUUAUAAGCUGAAAUAGGACAGUCCUUUUUGAGAAUGUUUGCAAUUAAUUGCAGCACACUGACGGGGCAUCUUUAUCUUAAUCAACUUUUUUUUACGGAAUGUUUAAUGUUUAAUGUUCUAGAAAGCGGGAUUUAUCCUUAAGGUAGCAAUAUAGCAAUAUCGAACAUACGCUCAAGGUAAGAAAACAAACACAUGCUCGUAAUCAGUUAACUUUCAAAUUUAUUUUUACAAUACAAUGUAUGUGUGUGGUAGGAUCAGUACAUCCAAAGUUGACCAUAAUCAAAUAAAAAAGUUCGAUUGUAAUGUCCUUUCAGAGUCCUCCUUAAGAGCUUUCUUCUUCUCUUUUAACGGCGGUUGGCACCUUAAGAGCGUUGUUGAUGUUCUGUGGACAGGUACCACAAAGCGUAUUCUUCGGUCGUAACCAGUCGUGAGUUCUUCUUUGACCAAUCGGCUUUCAUUAGCCAGAUGCUAGCAGAACCUGGGUCGCAACUGCCCAACCUGUAAGAAAACAAAAGGCUAUGACCCCCAGAUUAUUCCACUUUUGACGAAAAAUCCCUGUCGACCUCUCGGAAACCACAGUAGUAUUUUGGAUUUUGUAGACGAUAUGCUAGGAGAAUGAUGUAGCUAGCCGCCUAGCUCCAUAGGGGUCCAUGUAUUCUGCACUCGCCCGCGAUCGCCCCCUAGGUGAACUGCAGCCAAAUUCGGUACAAUGGGGGUGAAUAGAGAGUGAAGGGGCUUUCCGUAGACGGGCUUUGGUACAGUCAAAGCCCGGAGGACUCUGAAAGGACAUUACAAUCGAACUUUUUUAUUUGAUUAUGGUCAACUUUGGAUGUACUGAUCCUACCACACACAUACAUUGUAUUGUAAAAAUAAAUUUGAAAGUUAACUGAU